CUCUCUCAUUUCUUCAUUUCACCCCCAAAAUUCACCAAGAUUUCCAAAAGUGUACUCCCACAACCCGCCAUUGAUGGCUUUAUGAAGCUUCCCCGCCGCCGCUCCACAGAUCUGCCAUGGCCGCCCUCCUCCUCCCCCUUCUCCUCUUCUCCCUCCUCUCACUGACCUUCAGCGCCACAGACCCAAACGACCUCGCCGUUCUCAUCCAGUUCAAGAAAAACAUGGCCAACUCCGAACUCCUCAACUGGCCCGACAACAACUCCGACCCCUGCGGCCCUCCCAAGUGGGACCACGUCUUCUGCUCCGGCGCUAGAGUCUCCCAGAUUCAAGUCCAAGAACUCGGCCUCAUUGGCCCUCUCCCCCCCAACCUCAACCAGCUCUCCCAACUCUCCAACAUCGGCCUCCAGCGCAACCACUUCUCUGGGCCCCUCCCCUCCCUCGAAAACCUCUCCGAACUCAAGUACGCCUUCCUCGAUUACAACAACUUCUCCUCCAUUCCCGGCGACUUCUUCGUCGGCCUAGAUUCCCUCGAGGUUUUAGCCCUCGACGGCUUAAACCUCAACGCCUCCACCGGGUGGAUGUUCCCGCCGGAGCUCAUCGACUCGGCGCAGCUCCAGAAUCUCACCUGCGGCAGCUGCAACCUCGCCGGGCCGUUGCCGGAGUUUCUUGGCAAUCUUUCUUCCUUGACCGUGCUGGAUCUCUCCGGGAAUGAUUUGAGCGGUGAGAUUCCGGCGAGCUUUGCGGAGAUGAAUGUGCAGAGCUUGAGGCUGAACAACCCGAAAGGCGGCGGGUUGAGCGGUGGGAUUGGGGCGGUGGCGAAAAUGGUGCAGCUCAACUCGGCCUGGCUUCAUGGGAAUCAGUUCACAGGUAGUAUUCCUGAGAGCAUUGGCGAUCUGGUUUCGUUGAAGGAUCUUAAUUUGAAUGGGAAUAAGCUCAGUGGUGUGAUUCCUGAUAGUCUGGCUAGUUUGGAGCUUGAUUCUUUGAAUUUGAAUAAUAACUUGUUUAUGGGUGCCAUACCUAAGUUUAAGGCUAAGAAUGUGAGCUAUGAUUCGAAUGCGUUUUGUCAAGACACUCCGGGGGUGCCUUGCGCGCCGGAGGUUGAUGUGCUUAUCGAGUUUCUUGGAGGGUUGGAGUACCCUACUGAGCUUGCUGAGGGUUGGUCUGGUAAUGAUCCUUGCAAAGGGUGGGUGGGAGUGAGUUGUGGGAAUAAUGGGAAGGUGUCUGUUAUUAAUCUGCAGAAUCGUGAUCUUAAUGGUACAUUGAGUCCUUCGGUUGCCAAGUUGGAGUCUCUUACUCAGAUUAGGCUUCAGAAUAACAAUUUGACGGGUACGGUUCCGGCUAAUUGGACUGGCUUGAGAGCGCUGACGGUGCUGGAUCUAACUGGGAAUGAUAUUACCCCUCCAUUGCCGAAAUUUGGUGACGCUGUUAAAGUGGUCAUUGAUGGGAAUCCUUUGUUUCAUAGCGAUCCUUCUGACCAGGGCCCUGCGCCGGAGAGUAAUGCUACAUCAACAAGUUCCCCGACAGGCACAGGUUCUAAUGGGAAUGGGACUUCUGAACAAAAGGCAUCGAAAGGGCCCAACAUAGUUUCCAUUGUUGCUCCUGUCACAAGUGUUGCUGUUGUUGCUUUGCUUGUCAUUCCCUUGUCCAUAUACUAUUGUAAGAAGAGAAGAACCGGCUAUCAGGCUCCAAGUUCUCUUGUAAUUCACCCGAGGGAUCCAUCUGAUUCAGAUAAUACGGUUAAAAUUGUGGUUGCUAAUACCAAUGGAAGCACUUCGACCUUGACGGGAAGUGGUUCUGGAAGCAGAAACAGCAGUGGGAUAGGUGAGUCUCAUGUCAUUGAAGCUGGAAAUCUUGUCAUAUCAGUUCAAGUUCUUCGCAAUGUGACAAAAAAUUUUGCCCCUGAGAAUGAGCUUGGUCGUGGUGGUUUUGGGGUUGUAUAUAAAGGAGAACUGGAUGAUGGGACAAAAAUAGCAGUGAAAAGAAUGGAGGCAGGUGUAAUUACUAACAAAGCGUUGGAUGAAUUCCAGUCUGAAAUUGCUGUUCUUUCAAAGGUCCGACACCGUCAUUUGGUAUCGCUGUUGGGUUAUUCUGUUGCAGGAAAUGAGAGAAUGCUUGUGUAUGAAUAUAUGCCUCAAGGGGCUCUAAGCAGGCAUCUUUUUCAUUGGAAAGCCUUUAAACUAGAACCUCUCUCUUGGACGAGAAGGCUAAACAUUGCCUUAGACGUUGCAAGGGGGCUGGAGUAUCUUCAUAAUCUGGCACAGCAAAGCUUCAUACACAGAGACCUCAAGUCAUCAAACAUCUUACUUGCUGAUGAUUUUAAAGCAAAAAUAUCAGAUUUUGGAUUGGUGAAACUGGCUCCGAAUGGUGAAAAAUCUGUUGUGACCAAGCUUGCUGGAACUUUUGGUUACUUAGCACCAGAGUAUGCUGUGACAGGAAAAAUUACAACCAAAGUAGAUGUGUUCAGUUUUGGGGUUGUGUUGAUGGAGCUAUUAACCGGAAUGAUGGCGCUUGAUGAUGAUAGGCCUGAAGAAAGCCAGUACUUGGCUGCAUGGUUCUGGCACAUUAAAUCAAAUAAAGAGAAACUGCUGGCCGCUAUUGAUCCAACCCUUAACAUAAAAGACAUGAAAGAAGAAACAUUUGAGACCAUUGCCACAAUUGCAGAACUAGCUGGCCACUGCACUGCAAGAGAACCCAGUCAGAGACCAGAUAUGGGGCAUGCUGUGAAUGUAUUAUCCCCGCUUGUUGAAAAAUGGAAACCAUUUAAUGAUGAGGAUGAUGAAUAUUCUGGCAUUGACUAUAGCCUCCCUCUCAACCAGAUGGUGAAAGGUUGGCAGGAAGCAGAAGGAAAGGACUCCGGUUACUUGGACCUAGAAGACAGUAAGGGCAGUAUACCAGCACGGCCAACUGGGUUUGCGGACUCUUUUACUUCAGCUGAUGGUCGGUAAAGGAGGUACUUUGUUGCUUUCCUUCUCAGAGGUUGAUUUCCUACUUUUGGUAGGUGUGUUCUUUCUGUCUGGGGAUUAAAUGCCAAUACGAUUUUUCUGGUGUUAGUGUGUGGUGGUUGGUUGAGUUGCAGAUUUCAGUAGAGAUCUCAAGUGUAAGCCAAUUUAUGCUUUAUGUUUUAGUACUGUAUAUAGAGAGGUAUUCUGAAUGAGAAACUUUUCCCACUUAUCUCUUAA